CCGGAGCCUCGGCGCCGCCGGCCGCGCCGCGCUUCUGCGCCUGCGCCGGGCGCCGAGGGGACGGGGUCGGACUCAGAAAUGGCGGCCUCCAUGUUCUACAGCCGGCUGUUGGCCGCCGCCACCCUUAGGAGCCACCGGCCCCGGACGGCGUUGCGGGCCGCCGCCCAGGUUCUUGGAAGUUCUGGAUUAUUUAAUAAUCAUGGACUCCAAGUACAGCAGCAGCAGCAAAGGAAUCUUUCACUACAUGAAUACAUGAGUAUGGAAUUGUUGCAAGAAGCUGGUGUCUCCGUUCCCAAAGGAUUUGUGGCAAAGUCUCCAGAUGAAGCUUAUGCAAUUGCCAAAAAAUUAGGCUCAAAAGAUGUUGUGAUAAAGGCACAGGUUUUAGCUGGUGGUAGAGGAAAAGGAACAUUUGAAAGUGGCCUCAAAGGAGGAGUAAAGAUUGUUUUCUCUCCAGAAGAAGCAAAAGCUGUUUCUUCACAAAUGAUUGGGAAAAAGUUGUUUACCAAGCAAACUGGAGAAAAGGGCAGAAUAUGCAAUCAAGUUUUGAUCUGUGAACGAAAAUAUCCCAGAAGAGAAUACUACUUUGCAAUAGCAAUGGAAAGGUCAUUUCAAGGUCCUGUGUUAAUAGGAAGUUCACAAGGUGGUGUCAACAUUGAAGAUGUUGCUGCUGAGACUCCUGAUGCGAUAGUUAAAGAACCUAUUGAUAUUGUAGAAGGAAUCAAAAAGGAACAAGCUGUCCGGCUUGCACAGAAGAUGGGAUUUCCACCUAACAUUGUGGAUUCUGCAGCAGAAAACAUGGUCAAGCUUUACAACCUUUUUCUGAAAUAUGAUGCAACCAUGGUAGAAAUAAAUCCAAUGGUGGAAGAUUCAGAUGGAGCUGUGCUGUGUAUGGAUGCAAAGAUUAAUUUUGACUCUAAUUCAGCAUAUCGCCAAAAGAAAAUCUUUGAUCUCCAGGACUGGACCCAGGAAGAUGAAAGGGACAAAGAUGCAGCUAAGGCAGAUCUCAACUACAUUGGUCUCGAUGGAAAUAUAGGCUGCCUAGUAAAUGGUGCAGGUUUGGCUAUGGCCACAAUGGAUAUAAUAAAGCUUCACGGAGGGACUCCAGCCAACUUUCUUGAUGUUGGUGGUGGUGCCACAGUCCAUCAAGUAACAGAAGCAUUUAAGCUUAUCACUUCAGAUAAAAAGGUACUAGCCAUUCUGGUUAACAUUUUUGGAGGAAUCAUGCGAUGUGAUGUUAUUGCACAAGGUAUAGUCAUGGCAGUAAAAGAUUUGGAAAUUAAAAUACCUGUUGUGGUACGAUUACAAGGUACACGGGUUGAUGAUGCUAAGGCACUGAUAGCAGACAGUGGACUUAAAAUUCUUGCUUGUGAUGAUUUGGAUGAAGCUGCUAGAAUGGUUGUAAAGCUGUCUGAGAUAGUGACUUUAGCCAAGCAAGCCCAUGUGGAUGUCAAAUUUCAAUUACCAAUUUGAUCUGGGAACCCAGUGAAAUGGCUGAAGGUCUUAAAUGUGUUACAAUUGUUAAGAAUACUGUGUUCUGUGUUAUUGUUCUUUUUCUUUUUAAUGUGUGGAGAUUGUAAUUACCAUCUAACCACACGAACUUUUAAAAAUAUUUGGUCUGCAUUCUGUUCCCAGUGGACUGUUUGUACAAAGAAUGUUUAAUGCAGGUAUCUGGUUUCUUUUCUUGCAGCUGUCCUUUUUUGCUUCUACAGAAUGUCACUUGCAAUAUGCCUGUUUAUUAUUGUUGUAUACAAAAUUCUUCAUGGAUAAAAUUCCUAUAAAUAUAUUAAGAUAAAGCUUUAUUCUUUAGGGUUAAAAUAUAUCUCAUUAGUGAAGCAGUGUAUUAAAACUGUUUUUUAUAAGAUGUGUUUAUCUUUAGCAUAAAAUAAGUAAUAAAUGUAUCAAUCACUAUUUAUAAACAGAGCUUUCAAACACUCCUCAGAAUGUUCUUUUAAGUAUUUCAGUGAAGUAACAUGUUAAUUUUUGAACAUUGUUUUAAUCAUUAUAAAACAUGGAUAACUGCAAGUCUUCAUGAUUCUGUGGUAUUAAGAAACACUUGUAGGUUUGUAUUACAUAAGGCACAUUUACUAAGGAGAUAAUAGACAAAAUUAAGAAUGUCAGGUUAAUAAAAAUCUCCCAAUGUGA